GUUACGCAAAGAAGGCCGUAAGCACGAAGAAGUUUCAGCACUGCGAUAUUCACCACACUGUGCAUUAGAAAACCAGCGAUCGAUAAGAAAGUGUCAACAAAAAGUGGUGCUGAAAUGAAAGUGAAUGUGCACCACUUUCCGGGUAGAAAAUAUCCCGAUUACUAACAUGCCUACAUGUCUCCCAUCGCUCGCCCUCCCCAGUUAAAGGAUGGUGUUAAUUAUGCUUUAACGUUUUAAGCCACAGCGCCAGACAGCGCCAGACCAGCGAUAUGCGCAAUAUGGAAGUAGCGUACUUUCUUCCUUGCCACACAUGCGACAUUUAGCACCAUAACUUUUGGAGUUUGGCGGUGCUGGAGAAGGAAGAAGAUUGUGUCAGAUGCUUCUAUUUUGGUUUUCCUUUCCGGCCAACUGGGCGAUCGCAUCGAGGUGAAGCAUCUGAUCGGGUCAUUUUCAAACGAUCGUCCAUCCUGAGAUGGAGCGUUACCUGUCAGCUGUCGCUCUGCUUGCUUUGUCGGCAGUGGUUGUCGUCGUUGGAGAGGGAACGGAAGGAUCUAACUCCACUGCGGGUGCACUGGUUGAGGCCAGGUACGAUCAUUAUGAAGACAUCUUCCGAUACUGGUGGCCUUGGUUCACGGACCUAUCGACGGUCAUCGCGAUCAAGCUUAAGAUCUGGAUCGUACUGGUGGCGAUGCACGUGUUCGGCGAUGGGUACUACUGGUCCAAGUGGACCGGGUCCGGUGAACCGACCUACCAUCAGCCGCCAGGCUUUGGUUGGGGUCGUCGUAAGAGGAGAGCUAUUUCCGAAGAGAAUUCGGGCUUGGCGGAGCUAAUUUUCAACCAGCUCGACAUCGAAGACGACACAUGCCGAAGGCGCAUCGUGUGUGAGCUCUAUCUCGAAGGCAAACGGGUGCCGGAGCUGUGGAGAGCGUUGGCCGCCCCAGGAUAUGAAGUGUUUCGUGCCUAUCGUCCAAAAGCGACCGUUCGUAGCUCGGCUCAAUGUCGCAAGCUUUACCAGUGUGAGCUAUCGCAUAGAAAGGAUGGAACAGCCGGGUGGUUUCAGCAACCAAAUGCACUAAGUGAUACGGAUGGAGAUGACUGGCGAUGGCCACGGUAAGAAAGAGG